AUGCAGUUGUGCGGUCGUCAGAAGGUGGUCCAGCGCAAGAUGGUGCUGCUAGGCGAUGGCGCCUGUGGCAAGACAUCUGCGCUGAAUGUGUUUACUCGUGGAUUCUUCCCCACGGUCUACCUACAGUCUUUGAAAACUACGUGCAUGGUACAUAAUUACCCCACUUCUCUCCGCUGGCCCCAACCGUCAAAACUUACACGCGCCCUAGAUAUCUUUGUCGACAACAUACAUGUGGAGCUCUCGCUAUGGGAUACCGCCGGGCAAGAAGAGUUCGACCGACUGCGUGCGCUGUCCUACGAGGACACACAUGUGCUCAUGCUCUGCUUCAGUGUCGACAGCCCUGACUCCUUCGAGAACGUAUCGUCGAAAUGGAUAGCCGAGAUUAACGAGAACUGCCCUGGCGUGCGCGUAGUCCUGACAGCGCUCAAGUGCGAUCUGCGCAAAGACGAAGACAUGAAUGAGAACCCCAACACCAUUAGCUUCGACCAGGGCCUAGCGAAGGCAAAGGAGAUUGGCGCCGUGAAGUACUUGGGUGAGUGCUCUUCAAUUCAUCUAUACCUGAUCGCACAGCUCAGAUCGUUUUUAGAGUGCUCCGCGGUCCAAAAUCGCGGCAUCAGAGAAAGCUUCUAUGAGGCUGCUAAGGUUGCCCUCGAGGUUAACGCGGGCGGGAGCUCGUCCUCCGGUUCGAAGUGCAUCAUUCUGUAA